AUGGGCGGCUCAGGGCAGCUCAGCGUCGCCGUGCUGUGCUUCACAGCCACCUUAGUUGCCUCUUACAAUCCUUGGGAUUUCUCUGGGAGACACGUGGGCCUCUUGAGCCGUCCCAGAACGGCUGCUCCUGAAAGGCAGCUUGUGGAUUCUCCUGUCUGGUCCCGUUCCAAUUCCUGGGCCGUGGUGGACGUCUCCCAGCCGAGAGCUUUGUCCGCCUUGACCCCCGUUUCGGUGCAGUGCGAGGAGGCCCAGUUGGUGGUCAUGGUGAAGAGGGACCUGUUUGGGACGGGGAGGUUGGUCCAAGCGGCCGACCUCAGCCUGGGCGCCUCCGGCUGUAAGCACACCUCCCUCGACGCUGCCAAGGAGACGGUGGUCUUUGCAGCUGGGCUCCACGAAUGCGGUAGCACCUUGCAGAUGACUCCAGACUCUCUGAUCUACAGCACCCGUCUCUACUACAAACCCGCGCUUGGAAGCAACCCGGUCAUCAUUCGAACCAGCCCUGUCGAGGUCCCCAUUGAGUGCCAUUACCCAAGGUGGGGCCCUGUGAAAUCCUGCCUCUAAGUCCCAACCAAUGCUCCCUCUAAGCUGUGUCCCUGCACUACAGGGUCGGCCCUGUUUCUCCUCAAUUGCCUUCCAGAUGACUGGACAGCCGAGAGAACCUCUAAGAGGUACCAGCUGGGAGAUGCCAUGCACGUGCAGGCGGACGUGAACACGGUCAACCACGUGGCUCUGAGGCUCUUUGUCGACCACUGUGUUGCCACCCUGAGUCCGAACAGAGAAACCUCUCCCAGAUACUCAAUUAUCAACUUCCACGGGUGCCUGGUGGAUGGGAGAUCGGAGGACUCCAGUUCCGCCUUUGUGUCUCCCAGGACCAGACCGGACUCUCUCCGGUUCACAGUCGAUGCCUUUAGGUUUGCCCAGGAACAGGGAGACCUGGUCUACAUCACUUGCCACUUGAAAGUCGUUGCUGGCGACCAGUCCCCGGAUGCUCUGAACAAGGCGUGCUUCUUCAACAAAGCACGGACCAGCUGGUCUGCGCUCGAAGGCCCUGACGGCAUCUGCCGCUGCUGUGAGACCGGGAAUUGUGGGAUAAGCCCUGGUCAGUCCCCAGGAGCUAACUCUUGGUGGAGAGGGCCGGGUGGGCGCUUCCGGAGAGAACUCCCUUCCGCCCAGGGGGAGUCCUCCAUGGGUGAAAGAGAAGCUGACGUUCUGGUGGGACCCUUCAUACUGGAGGAGCUCAAGACGUCCACGUACCUCGAAGACGAGAGGAAGUCGAGGGCGACGUCACAAGAUGCCCACGAGAAGUCUGUGCUUAUCAUGAUGGGACUGACGGUCAUGACUGGUCUGCUGGCCUCCGCCUUGGUGGUGCUGGCAUUUCUCCUGGGCUGCAGGAAAAACAGACGCUCCAACGUUUGA